GUAAGAAACAACAUCGUGGCUUCAACAUGAGCUCACGUCACGCCUUCUACACCGUUGAGGUGGGCGACACCAAGUUUACCAUUCUAAAGCGAUACCAAAACCUGAAGCCGAUCGGAUCCGGUGCUCAAGGCAUUGUAUGUUAAGAUCUGUUUUACUCAGCUGUAACUAUUGCUGCUCUCGUUUUCAAAAGUACAAUUUUAUCGUGUUGCGGAAGAAAGCUAGUUUUUAAACCCGGAAAAAGAAACUUGGUCAUAAUAUAUAGUAUUCAAGUUUCUUACACUAUUGUAAAGUGAGAGUGCAUACAUACGGGGGCACUAUUUCUAGUCAUUUUGUUUUCCACUUAAGGAGUGCGUCGAGCGAAACGACGAACGAUAUUCCGUUUCAAUCAUGAACAAAAAAUCAACCAAUUAUGUCAAGGUUCAGUUCGGGGACACCGAGUUCGAAGUCCCGGACCGUUACAUUAAUCUGGAGGCAAAGGGUUUCGGUGCCCAGGGCACGGUUUGUGCCGCAUACGAUACAGUAACACAGCAAAAUGUUGCCAUCAAAAAGCUAUCACGACCUUUCCAAAAUGUCACUCACGCCAAACGAGCCUACAGGGAGUUUAAGCUUAUGAAAUUAGUCAAUCAUAAAAAUAUUAUCGGACUGUUGAACGCAUUCACGCCGCAGCGUACACUAGAAGAAUUCCAAGAUGUGUACCUCGUUAUGGAGCUUAUGGACGCAAACCUGUGCCAGGUCAUCCAGAUGGAUCUGGACCACGAGCGGAUGUCCUACCUGCUCUAUCAGAUGCUGUGCGGCAUCAAGCAUCUCCACUCGGCUGGUAUUAUUCACCGGGACUUGAAGCCGUCCAACAUCGUCGUCAAAUCAGACUGCACGCUAAAAAUACUAGAUUUCGGUCUGGCCCGCACGGCCGGCACGACCUUCAUGAUGACGCCGUACGUUGUGACGCGAUACUAUCGCGCACCGGAGGUUAUCCUGGGCAUGGGCUACAAGGAGAACGUCGACAUCUGGUCGGUGGGCUGCAUCAUGGGGGAAAUGAUACGGGGCGGCGUGUUAUUCCCGGGUACAGAUCAUAUUGAUCAGUGGAAUAAAAUUAUUGAACAAUUGGGUACUCCGUCCCAGUCAUUUAUGACAAGAUUGCAGCCAACUGUGCGGAACUACGUGGAAAAUAGACCACGCUACACCGGAUAUCCUUUCGAUCGGCUCUUCCCCGACGUACUGUUCCCGACCGACUCGAACGAACACAACCGACUGAAAGCUAGUCAGGCACGGGAUCUUCUGAGCAGAAUGCUAGUCGUGGAUCCGGAGCAUCGUAUCUCUGUCGAUCAAGCGUUGGUGCACAGCUACAUUAACGUUUGGUACGACGAAAGCGAAGUGAACGCGCCCGCCCCCGGACCGUACGAUCAUAGCGUGGAUGAGCGCGAGCACACAGUCGAACAGUGGAAAGAACUGAUCUACCAGGAGGUUAUGGAGUACGAGGCACGCAAUAAUCUAGCCGACGGUGAGGGUGCUCCACGGUAGAAACCGGAGGACAGUUGUACCGUCGGUUCCGGAUCACAGUCAUCUUCAGUAACGGACGAAGCAACAGCAUUAGCAACGGGCACAUCAGCGGCAACGACGGCGCAACCAGGCGAAACGGCCGCCUCAUCCGGGCCACCACCAUCGACCGCCGACGAGUAAAUGGACGGACGUGCAGUCAAAGGACAUCUAUGAUUGGAAGUUUCUUUAUUGCAAUAAUUUGUUAUUUAGAAAGAUUCACUGACAUCGUACAACGUUUCCGCUUUAGGGCAGUUUCGGUUCCAAACAUGUCUUGGUUUUCGGACGAGUUUUAUCUCAUAAUUUUUCGGAAGCGUCCUGCGCCGCGACCGUUUACCAAUUAAUGAAAGGUAAAAUGGGUCAACUCUGAAGCUGCUUUCCAGUCGCCAUUUUCAGUGCGUCUUGUCUAGUGGUGGUGUGUGAAUACAGAUCCUUCUUUUCUUUCGUUGUGUGCAUGGGUUAAGCAAGCGUGAGCAAGUAAGCAAUGCUUACAUAGGCAUAAAGAGUGAUAUGGUUUCAAUCAUCUGUGCGUGGUGUCGCGCGAGGAAAAAGGUGGAAGAAAAAUGGUGGAACAUUUACCAAAACUUAUAUAUCUCGCCCCGUCGUAGUUCCGUAUCUAUCUGGUCAUUAAGUGCAAUAAUGUUGGGCGCGUGAAGCAAACGGAUAACAUAACACGUGUAUGAACGUCGCGCGCAAAAGAUGAAGAAAGUGAUAUUUACAGCCUGAACAAUGUCCUUAGUAGUGUGUGUGUUGUGGUAAAGUGCUGAUCGUUUCACACAGGUUGAGCUGAACUUGUUGAACGUAAAGCAGCUGUAGAAUGUACUACAUUCAUAGGGAGCGGUUUUUUCCUCACAAAAAAACACGCAUAGUCCCCAAAAAUAUCCGGUGCACACACGUUUGCGUUGUGCUGCAGCGUUGAUUGACGAUCCGUGGCACCCCGUUCCGUGGUAAGUUAUUUCAUUUCCCUUUUACCGGGCACGAGCAAAAAGCCAUACAAAACACUCCAGAAACCGGAAGAGAUAAGAAACAAUCCUGGUCAGGUGGGGUAAACAUCCACACAACAUUUAAAAAAACCUCUUGGCAGUAAGGGAUAGCAACAAAGACAUGACUGAACUUUGUAUCGCCAGUUGGGUGUGUAUGAUGUUGUUGGUUCAUUAGAAAAUCCGCAAAUAUGAUUCCCUCUCGCUUCAUUUGAAACACACUGCCCUCUAUUUGAAUUUAAGAAGACUUGAAGCAAAAGAAAUCAUAUGCAGACAAGUGAUUAUCGGUGAAACGUCGGAUGAUCGCGGAUACCGACACAAACAGGAUUUCAGUUGGUGCAGGUUAUUGCUCUGUUUAAUUCAUUUGACUAUUAUUCAUUCACCUUGCCAUUUGACUAAUUGUGACGGCUUGUCAUGUAGGGAUACAUGCCGCACCACAGGCGGUGAAGACAUUAUUGUUGUAGAAGGAUAAUUUGUACAAACUACCAAAACUACUACUAGACAAAGUCGAGCGAAACGUACUUAAACAAAAGACGCGAACAACAAUAUAUUCACAUUUCGUUCACAUCUGCACACAACAUAACACUACUACGUUUUACUCCAAACGCAAAUACGUCGGGAAAGGAAAUCGGAGCAAUUUUAAGACUCCACUAGGAGGCAGGAAUGAAAAGAAACAAUUCGUUUGGGGGCAGCAUAGUUUUUGUAAUUUGUUUAAAACAACAUGUCGCAAACGGCAGUAAACGUUACUUUCUUACCAUAAAUAAUACAAUAGCUGUGUAGAAGAAGGACCCUUGUAAAUAGCAAAUAUCGUUACUCCCCCAUUCGUAGCAAGGAAUGCUGACUUCAAAAUAAGCGAACGAAUCGAAGCAGACAGAUAAGACAACAGAGGGAAAUAGUUCUUACCUACACCCCCGUAUCGAAAACGUGUCUCAUAUUUCUACCUUUGCCCUCCGGAAACAGCACGAGAUAUGCAAUGAUGGAGACAUUUAUAAAAACCAACACGCUGUGUAUUGGGAGUGAUUAGAACGUGAUGUGAAAAUAUUUUCCAUUGCGUCAACAUCCGCGGCACUGACGCUCGAAUGAAGAACGAUUAAUAAUCCCAUUAUAUCAAUCCCCAGGCCCUGUUCCCUUUCCUAAUGUCGACAGUUUUGAAACCUGCCUCUCCAAUUGCAAACUCUAUUAAAUCUAUUUCUAACUAACCAUAUAAAUACGUUUCCGUCACGUAAGGUUCCCGCGAAUGAAGGCGUAUGUAGGAAAUCUAAUUAAAUUCUUUCAACCAAGCACACACGGCAAACAAAAAAAGAAAAUCGAAUAUAAAAGCCCGUUUAAAACAAAUUCUUAGUAACUAGAAAGCAAACACACAGCAGGCGAUGCCGCGCAUAUAGAGCUAAACAAAAGCAAGAAAGAGAGCAGCAUAAUAAUUGAACGUAAUAUGACUACACAACACAAAAAAAGAAAACCAACAAAAUGUUAAAGCAAGCUUUGGAUUGAGCCAUGGGACGCAAAGUAAGCCAUGUGUACACCACAGAAAGGACAGACGAGAUAGGAGAUGAGAUGAAACGGUACAGUUUUACGAUUCCGCCCUUUUUAUAAAAGAGAAAACCAGUAGAAGAUGAUGAAGAGGACAAACGUGUUAAAAAUUCUACGCUCAGUGUGGGUUCGUCCACCAACGAAAUUUCCCCGUUGGAAACUUAUUGUUGGUGGGUGACAAACAUUGUGGCGCUAUGCUUAGAAGUAAAAUAACCUGUGCAUAUAAAUAGAAGCUUUUCCGAUACUCUAGCAAUCUAAACUCUCCGAGGCAGCAGCACCACCACCACCACCACCGUGAUGAGGGGAGGGAAACCCUGGUGUGAGCCCUGUUUGCAGUUUCAUUUUUGCGUUGAGUCUGCUGAAGGAGGGGUGGAGGCUGGCAGCAAGAACAAAACAAAAAAAACCAUAACACCUAGUGACAAUCGCUUCAUUUUUAGUUGCUCGUUAACACACACACCGUGAAUGGCCACUCUUGGAGCCUUUUUCUUCGGUGUGUCCAGCCUCCGAGAAUGGAAGCAACAAUGUCGGCAUACGAACACACGUUGUCUUGUCAUCCGGUAAGCGAAUGCUCAAACCAACAAUAUAUGGCAACUUAUAGUGUUACUUGGUAGUACUAAUCUGUGUAAAGCUACGACAAGAACGUAUCACACGAUUACCGGAAAGUGUAACACACGUCCAGAUCCAGUGGUGAGGAAAAUAAUAAAAAAAAACAAUGGCAAAUGAUUACACUACUUAAAGAAACUUACACCAAUCAUAGCAAAUGAGUGCAUGAGCAAAUAAUAGAGUUCCAUACCAACAGCAAAAUCAAUAGCAAACAUAAAAAAGAGAAUAUAGCAAAUAAUAUGAAAUUACUGACCUCCACUAAUCAUUCCUGCAAAAGAUCAGGGAGGAAGAACGGGAAAGAGAGAGAGAGAUAACGGUUGGAUGUAAAUUAACGCAUCCCAAUUAAUAAAGCAAUAAAGAUGCUGCUUAUGCUCUUCCUUCGUGCACCUCCUUCGUGGAGGAAGGAUCGCUUUCUUUGGGAUGACCCUUUCCAUCAUCCGGUAGGCAAAACCACACACACACACACACACAUACACAUACAAAAUAAUAAAACAAGCUAAUAUGAGCAGCUCCCUCGUCGUAUAAGCUUUUUCCCAUCGGAUCGUCCUUCGUUGGUCCUUUGUAAAUCGUUUACCGUAGCAGAUGAGUAACAAAUAAACCAUUCUAAAGGCAUGAGUGUGGAGCAGUCGACGAUGAUGAUGAUGAUAAUGAUGAGAAUGAAUACAUAACACAAACGCAAACUUGUGCAACAAAUAAGGGAGAAAAACUAACAACCAGUAUAGCAAUAGUCAGGGUUCAGGAAAAAUGCCUGGGGCAUGAGGUCGCGACGUCUCGGUGAUUCGCAAAGGAGCGGUCACAGAAAGUGAAAUAAAACGGCCAGACAAAAAAUAACACAGAGCAUAAACGUCCCCCCCUCUCUCCUCCCACAUAGCUACCCGGGGAGGACACCAUGUGUGUAUACUCGUCAGUAAAACAAUAUAUCCGGUAUAAGAGAGAGAAGGAAAAUUUAAUCUAAACACACAUACACACACACACACACAAAUCAUAUAAAAACAAAUACACCGACACAUAAGCAUAAUAAAUUAUUUGUGAGUGAACUGCAAACCAGACAGCUUGAGAAAGUAAAAGAAAGCAUGAUUAAAAAGAAAGGAUAUUAGGAUUUAAAAGUAAGCACUAGAAACAAAAGGAAACCGAGGAAAAUAAUGUGCAUAACAUGUGCAUAACAACUCACACACAAUGGGUGUGUUACCUGCAACUGCCGGUGUGGGAUGGGGGGGGUGUGUCCCUUUCCUCCCGAAAGCGAGUGCAGUGUGUGGUGCAAAAAAAAAAAGAAAUAUUAAUAAUUAUUAAAAUAAUAAUGUGCAAGAGCAGAGUGUGAAGGAGGAUGUACGGAACGGAGAACAACCACAAGAGAAGC